CGACGGUGUACGUACAUGUAUUCCUGUGAGAGGUAAAGACACGCUGAUGUGGCUCGGAGCGUUGAAUGUAUGAUCAUGCUCGACCCAGUUUCCAAUUUGCGGUGGUCUGAGGUGAAGGAUAAAAGGUCAAGAGAUUCGUAAAGGAUGGCGAUGCUAGCUCAAUCGACCGUGUCUGCUAUCCCAGCUUUCUCCAGGAAGCCGGCAAAAAAACCUAAGACGGAGCACAGAUUACUCGUCCACACCGAACUGAAAAAGCGUCUCAGUCUUCUGGAUGACCAGAAUGGAGGCUUCAAUGGAUUCGACCGUCUCAGUGAUGGCGAAGGUCACCAGAAGGCCCAACAUGAACACCGUCGCAGUCUGCUUGAUUCACUGGCAAUUGACGUGGGUGAAAAGUAUCUCGACGAAAUCUACCGAGAAGACGGCGGUGAUGAUGAAGACGAAGGCUCCGGUUAUGACAAAAAUCAAGCAACAAAGCUUAACGCUCAAGAUGUGAAGAAAAACUUGGCAUGGCAGAAGGUGAGACAGCACUUGAUCGAGGAAGAAGAGAAGGCAGCCAUUCGCAACCACACACGCUCACAGCGUGCAUCGAGUUCUCUUGACCACUCUUUUGAGGAGACAAACACCGUCAAGCUAUUGGAUAUCCUUGAAAGCACAGGAGAGGAUCUCUACAGCAACAGCAGUGCGUCUGACGUGGCAAGUAACGAGAUCCAGUAUGCGCCUCAAACGCUCGCAAGUCGAAUCGAUCGGAUGGGGAACAAAUUGGUCCAAUUCUUGCAACGCAAAAUUAAUGAUGACGAAAAGUCCGACGUAACAAGGUCUUGUGUGUCCCAAGCCUCAUCUUACGAAGGCAGUCGACCUAGUCGUUGGCUAUUGAUGUCGUUGGGGCGAGUAACCAAAACUUGUCGACGAAAUGAGCUAUCAGACGGAGCCAUUGCUCAAAUCGCCUCGCACUUGGCAUCAAUCGACCGGAUUGUUCAAGAAGAUACCACCAGCAGUGGAUUUCAUCACGUUUCAAACGCACAACGGUCGAACGAAUCAAGCGGCUAUGAGCUUGGAGACCCGAGGAAUCCAGCGCUAUACCGCCGAUCUAACAAAGCGCCAUCCAUUCGCUCAUCCUUCAAAGCUUUUGUCUCCGCUCAAGAUCUGUGUGAAACUUUGGCUGCUUUCAACAAUCUGUUGGCGGAUUGUGGCCUCAAUGGAGUGAACUUGAAGGACCCUUGGCACGUGUACUACCACGUCCGAGCCGCAGUCUACAACAUGUUGGGGUACCGUCAGAAGCAGCUCUUCAGGAUCCUGGAUGCGCGUUUUAGUCUGAAUGUGUACAAACAACGCCCGGCAACGAACAAACGCGUAUGUAUCGUUGGUGCCGGGCCUGUUGGCCUACGUGCAGCGGUAGAGUUGGCUCUACUUGGCGGUAGAGUGUCUAUUCUCGAAAAGAGAGCCAAAUUCAGCCGGGAGAAUAGACUCCACUUGUGGCCGUGGGUAGUCCAAGAUCUGGUGUCCUUGGGAGCAAAGGUCUUGAUCAAGAACUUCUGCAAGUCAAGGACGUACUUCCACGUAAGUACCCGACACCUCCAAGUUAUCUUGCUAAAGGUGGCUCUGUUAGUUGGAGUCAAAGUGUACUCGGCGACCGCAUUCCAGUCAAUAGUCUCUCCUGCUCCAGAGAACGGAGGGAGUCCGUUCUACAGCAUCAAGACGGAGCCACAGAUUCCCGUAGUUGAGUACACUGCGGUACUAGGUGCUACUGGUAUCAAUGACCAGGUCGCAGAACCUGCAGGUAUCAGCCGCUUCGUGUUCUCUCAAAAGGAAUCUCUAGGUAUUGUUUGCUACUUCCCGAACUUGGAGACACCAGAGGAGAUGAAAGUCAAAGAGUUCUCGUGGACGGCUAAACUCAAGCAUCGCAUGUUGUACAGGAUGCGGGAGAUUGGUAUCGAUCUGGAGAACAUCAUGUACUUCCGUGGAGAAAUGCACUAUCUGGUGAUGACUCCGAAACGACAGAAUCUGUUGGCUCGAGGUGUAGUGAAGCAGAACUGUCCGAACUCGAAAAAUUUGGUGGAGAGUACCAACAUCAGUCAAAAUGAUCUACACGCGUUCGUCAAGCGAGUUGUCGAGUUUGCGGGUAUUCCAAGAAAGACGGACUUCACAAGGGUUAACCUAUUUGACUUCAGCUCGCUGACUCGUGCUGACAAGCCAGCAAGUGUAUUGACUUCACAUGACAAGAAACUUUACGUCGGGUUGAUCGGAGACGCGUUGUUGGAGCCUGUGUGGCACGAAGGCGUAGGCACUUGUCGAGGCUUUUUAGGUGCGCUCGACGCCGUGUGGAUGGUGGCUCAAAUCGGAAGGACAUCGGACGAGCAGCUCUUGGCUGAUCGGGAGUUGGCCUACCGAGUCAUGCAGCGAGUGUCCGGCCACCACCGAGACGAACUGCAGAAGAACGUGAGGAAGUACACGGUGGAGCCGACAUCGCGUUACAUCGUAGAUUUCCCUCGAGCUCUCUAGGUUUGUACACUUUGACAACACACGAUGAAUGAACGAAAUGAGUUUUCCAUUUUAGAACAGACUCCCUCUGGCUUCGGCUAUCAUUUCGAUUAGAGAGGAAAAUCCUAAACGGAAUCUUUCCACUCCACUGGAAAGCAUUAGUUAUCUUUGUUUUUAACUCAGCUAGGCAACUCUACUCAAUCUUUAAUCUGGCUUUGCUUU